AUGGAUGUGGGACUACUGGUGAUGGAGGUUGUCUUGCAGGUAGUACACGUGACGAUGGAAAUCCAGAUCCAAACGAUAGGCAAAAUACUGGCGGUGAACUCAACACUGACGACCAGUGCUCUGACUCCAAAGGAUAGUGUCGCGAACCGUGCUCAAGGUCGACAACCACGCCCAAAACAAAAGACACAUGGUUCUUCACAAACUAAAAGGCCAUCUCAUGUUACAACACCAAAAUCAAGUACGCUCAAUAAGAACGGCAAGUCGCCCAUUCAAACGAAACCAAAACGGAAAACUUUGGCGAUAAAAAUGAAAGAUGAGUUGAUCCGUGUAGCGCGGAUGACAGCCGAGAGAUUUGUUAAGACCAGUGUCGCGUUUGCGCCUGCUAAAGAAGCUUGGAUGCCGAAAAGACUUUACCAAGAUGCUGGAACCGCGUAUUUGUUGGGGCAGGUGACACGAUACACUAUCGAGAGCGUGAAAAAUACAGACAACAUUUCCGUUCCUUCGGCAGCAUUUCAGAUUCGCUGGACUAGCACUGCUUUUCAG